AUGCCCGCAAAAUUUACUUUGGCAGACGGCAGCGAGAUCCCCGCUGUGGGGCUUGGUACUUGGCAGCUGGAGGGGGAUAGAGGCCAGGAGGCUAUGGUCCACGCACUCAAAAGUGGCUACCGCAUGUUAGACUGUGCGUUCUCGUAUGGUAAUCAGGCUUUGGUCGCGAAAGCGAUCGAGCAAUCCGGCGUGGCACGCGAGGACCUGUUCAUCGUGGACAAGCUUGCAAACACUUGGCAUUCUGCUGCUGAGGAGUGUCUAGACAGAACGCUUGCUGCGCUAAAGACAGACACCCUGGACCUCUGGCUGAUGCACUGGCCCUCGCCGUUAAACCAUCAUGGUAACCACCCAAAAUGCCCCACGUUGCCCGAUGGCACUGUGGACUACGAAAAAGAGUGGAACUACGUGAAAACAUGGGAAACGAUGAUUGAGAUUCAAAAACGACGCCCUGAGGUCAAGCGGUUGGGAGUUGCCAACUUUGGUAUCAAGGAGCUCGAAGCUAUCAGCAUGACAGGCGUGCUGCCGCUAGUCAACCAGGUCGAGCUACACCCUUCGUGCAACCAGGAAAACCUGCAUAGGUACUGUCUACAGAAAGGAAUUCAACUCGUCGCCUACAGUCCUUUGGGCUCAACAGGGUCUGCACUGCUCCACGACCCCGGUCUCAAGACCAUUGCAGAAAAAAAUAACGUGACGGUUGCACAGUGUCUUCUGAGCUGGGGCGUAGCAAAGGGAUGGCCAGUCAUCCCGCGCUCGUCGUCACCAGAACGACUGGACCAGAACUUGGAGAUUCAGCAGUUGUCAUCAGCGGACGUAGACGAGAUUUCCAGAAUAGGCAAGGCGUCGCCAAAACGGUAUGUCACUGCUCCGUGGCACACCUUUGAAGAAAUCGUUUAG